UGCACAUUUAAAAAGUUUAGAUGUGUUGCGCGUUAGCCUACACUGCGUGCUCAUUUUGAAUAAUACACAGACCUAGGUGUUUAAGUUGCAGUUUCUGUAGACUAAACUAACAGUGCGCGCAGGUACCCAAGGGUACCCAAAAACGUUGUCAUUAUGGGCGACAAUCCUGACUUUGAUAACAAAGCAAUUAAAGAGGAGAAAAAUGGUCUGGAUCUGAGGAAAACGAACCCUUCCAAAUCCGUGGACAUGGAGGAACAAAUUGAAUGUACGAGCAUCUCGAAUGAGAACCAGGACAAUAGGCCUUCAACUACCACGCGUUUAUACAAAAGGAGAUGGGUGAUGGUGUUCCUUUUCAGCUGUUACUCCCUGUGCAACGCAUUUCAAUGGAUCCAAUACGGAAUAAUCAACAAUAUUUUUAUGAAAUUCUACAAUGUGGACUCUUUUACCAUUGACUGGAUGUCAAUGGUCUAUAUGUUGACCUAUAUUCCUUUUAUAUGGCCUGUCUCCUGGCUUUUGGACAAAAAGGGACUGCGGUUCAUAGCACUGAUGGCCACCGCAAUUAAUUGCCUUGGGACAUGGAUCAAGGUGGCCAGCGUCAGGUCAAACUUAUUUUGGGUGACGAUGCUCGGACAGUUUGCAAGUUCCCUAUCCCAGGUCUUCAUCCUUGGGAUGCCCUCCCGCCUGGCAUCGGUUUGGUUUGGUUCCGAAGAGGUGUCCACCGCCUGUUCCAUCGGCGUUUUUGGGAAUCAGUUGGGCAUUGCCAUUGGCUUCCUGGUGCCACCCAUCCUCGUGCCAAAUGUUGACAAUAUAGAUGAGCUGGCAUACCACAUCAGCAUCAUGUUCUACAUCACUGCUGGAGUGGCCACCGUGAUCUUCAUCCUCGUGGUCUUCAUGUUCCAAGAGAAGCCGGAAAUCCCUCCCACCCUGGCUCAGGUCCAGGCCAGGAGCAUCCCUCCAGAAGAGUACUCCUACUUGGCUUCUAUCCUGAGACUGCUGCGUAACCUACCCUUCAUGCUCCUCGUCAUCAGCUAUGGGCUGAAUGUCGGUUGUUUCUAUGCUGUUUCCACACUGCUGAACCGGAUGAUUAUUGAGCAUUAUCCAGGUGAAGAGGUGAAUGCUGGAAGAAUUGGCCUCACCAUUGUCAUUGCGGGGAUGGUGGGGUCCCUCAUAUGUGGGAUCUGGUUGGACAAGACCAAAACCUACAAACAGACUACCCUGGCUGUAUAUCUUCUGUCCCUCGUGGGAAUGGUGGUCUAUGCCUUCACCCUCAACUUAGGCCACCUAUGGGUGGUGUUUGUAACAUCGGGGGCUCUAGGGUUCUUCAUGACCGGGUACCUGCCGCUUGGCUUUGAGUUUGCUGUGGAGCUGACCUUCCCAGAGUGUGAGGGCACCUCCUCAGGCCUGCUCAACUGUUCAGCUCAGAUAUUUGGGAUCAUAUUCACCAUCGGUCAAGGGAAGAUCAUAGAGCACUUUGGAACGUUCGCUGGGAACAUCUUUCUCUGUGUCUUCCUCCUCAUAGGCACAAUUAUGACAGCAUUCAUCAAGUCUGACCUCCGACGGCAAAAGGCCAACCAUCUGGCUGAGACACAGGCGGCAAGUGUAAGUAUAUCCGUUUCUGCUAUUUGGUGUCAGCGGUAGGAUCUCUGCGUUCCAGUUAAAAGGGAUGUGAUGUGUUGGAUACUGCCCCUGGCUGAUGCUCCAUUCAAUGGACUAUGCUGGCUGUCUGGCUGCUUCUCUGGUGUGGGUUCCUCUUGUUUGCUGUGGAGUGGACACAGGGGUCACAAGCGUCAGACACCACCGUGCUUUUCCUCAGCUCUCUGAAAACAACCCAGCUGUUUCUGAAAACAUAACUUUGCACCCGCUGUCAGCUCUCUGAAAAAACCCCAGCUGUUUCUGAAAACAUGACUUUGCACCCGCUGUCAGCUCUCUGAAAACAACCCAGCUGUUUCUGAAAACAUGACUUUGCACCCGCUGUCAGCUCUCUGAAAACAACCCAGCUGUUUCUGAAAACAUGACUUUGCACCCGCUGUCAGCUCUCUGAAAACAACCCAGCUGUUUCUGAAAACAUGACUUUGCACCCGCUGUCAGCUCUCUGAAAACAUGACUCUGCACCCGCUGUCAGCUCUCUGAAACAUGACUUUGCACCCGCUGUCAGCUCUCUGAAAACAUGACUUUGCACCCGCUGUCAGCUCUCUGAAAACAUGACUUUGCACCCGCUGUCAGCUCUCUGAAACAUGACUUUGCACCCACUGUCAGCUCUCUGAAACAUGACUUUGCACCCGCUGUCAGCUCUCUGAAACAUGACUUUGCACCCGCUGUCAGCUCUCUGAAACAUUACUUUGCACCCGCUGUCAGCUCUCUGAAACAUUACUUUGCACCCGCUGUCAGCUCUCUGAAACAUUACUUUGCACCCGCUGUCAGCUCUCCGAUUAGCUGUAUUUGAUUACAUGCCUUGCUGGUGUUUGAUACAAAAAUAUGCUUGAGAAGUUUCUGUUUCGUUCAACAUGCAA